CCAAAGAACCAAAAGCUUGAAGAAUUCCACAAACCCACAACCAUGAAGAAGCUUUACAAGAAAGGCCAAGUGCACCCAUCAUCACUGCCAUCCAUCGCCGACCACUUGGCUUUGCUUCCGGCGACAAUCCUAACCCUCUCUGCUUCCCUCUCGGCUGAAGACAAAGAAGUCUUGGCCUACCUCAUCUUCUCAUGCUCCGGCACAUCUAACAACUUGUCCGGCCAUCCAAAAACUGUUACUGAAAGUAAAGGCGGCGAUGGCGGCGGCGACCACAGUCCUAUGUUUGAGUGCAACUGCUUUAGGUGUUACAUGGGUUUUUGGGCACGAUGGGAUGCUUCGCCGAACCGCGAACUCAUACAUGAGAUCAUUGAAGCUUAUGAAGAGGAGUUGCUCAAGAAGAAGAAGAGGAGCGCCGCCAAGAUCAAGAAAGGGAGAAGGAAGAGGGCGUGUGAUGAGUUGAAGGACGGCGGUGAGAAGGGCUCUGAAGAGAGGCCGGUGAUCGCCAGGGACCAACUGGGUGAGUCAGAAGUCUCGGCGGAUGUGAGCGGCGGUAGCGACGGUGAUGAGGUUGGGAGUUUGGAGAAGGGGUUGGUGAUGAGGAAGAUUGCGAGUUUUAUAGGAGAGAGGAUUUGGAGUGUUUGGAAUAUAUAUUAGGGUUUAAUUUAGUUCUCGUCUUGAUCAGGACACAGAUAAGUUUCUUUUGAUAUUUGCUCUCCACAUGAUUUCCCAUUUUAAUUUGUGUAUAGAAUGCGAUUGAGUGAUUUUAAUUUUCACUUUUUUUUUUUUUUUUUUUGCCCUUUUUUGGGUUCUAGAUGUUAAAUCAAAAUUUAAUUUCAGUUGAUCGAGGGAGGUCAUGUACUGUUUGAUUCUACAUGCAAUAUUUAUGUGAAGAUUGUAAAAUUAAUGUGAA